AUGCAAGGCUCCGAGGGGGGGACGGGUGCCGCACCCCCCGAGUUUUCCAACUCCGUGGGGACCCCUCUGGUGGAAGGGCUGGUGCUGGUGGACGACCUGCUGAGAGGGGCCGGGCUGAGGGAUGACGUCAAGGUUAUCUGCAGCGGGAAGGUAACGUCUGGGUUCGGCGUCGUGAGGAACCUCUCUCUAGGGGCAGACCUGUGCAACUCUGCGAGGGGCAUGAUGUUCGCGCUGGGCUGCAUUCAGGCGUUGAAGUGCGGGACGAACCACUGCCCGACGGGGAUCGCCACCCAAGACCCCAAGCUCAUGAGCGGCCUGCACGUGCCGUCCAAGACCGAGAGGGUGCGGCGGUUCCAGCAGAAGACCGUGCACACCGCUACUGAGAUAAUCUCCGCUGCCGGCGUGUCGAAUCCUGCAGAGCUGUCCAGGAGUAUGAUCAAGCUCCGGAGGGACGGCGUGAACUCCGCCAGCUACGGCGAGCUCUUCCCCCCCUGCCAGCCCGGUAGCCUGCUCGAGGGGGCGGCCGCGGAGCCCCUCCAGGAGAUCUGGAGACAGGGGCAGGCCAAGCUGGCGUCCACCAAGAAGUGA